UUCUAGAGGGUUGCCUGGAGAAAGGGCUUGAGGCGUGACCACCCCUUCCUCUCUGGGGGGACUGCCCGCCCGCCCCCACAGACGCCCAUGGUUCAGUGCCCACCAGGUCCCCGCCUGCCCCAGCAUCCCCUGCGCGGCGGAGCUGGGUGCCACGGGGAGUCUGGCCACCAUGCCACCUCCUCUCCUCCUCUUCUCCCUCCUCUUCUCCUUCUUCUUCCUUACCCCUGUGGAAGCCCGGCCCCAGGAACCAUACCUAGUAGAGGCUCAAGAGGGAGGCAAUGCUGUACUACCGUGCCUCGAAGGUCCCUCAGAAGGCCCCCCUGAGCAGCUGGCCUGGUUUCGGGGGUCCCAGUCCACACCCUUCUUAGAGCUGAGCCUAGGGUUACCAGGCUUGGGCAUCCAUGUGGGGCCCCUGGGCACCCUGAAGGAGCCCCAGGGAACCCUGCUCUUUAUCUUCAACGUCUCCGACCAGAUGGGGGGCUUCUACCUGUGCCAGCAAGGCCCCCCUCUUGACCAGUCCUGGCAGCCUGGCUGGACGGUCAACGUGAAGGGCAGCGGGGAACUGUUCCGGUGGAAUGCUUCAGACCUAAAUGACCCAAGCUGUGACUUGGGGGCCAGGUCCUCAGAGGGUCGCAGGUCCUCUUCCAGUCACCCCACAAGGUCCAAGCUGUAUGUAUGGGCCAAGAACCAAGCUAAGGUCUUACACACAGACCUCACAUGCCCCCCACCGAACAGCACUGUGAACCAGAGCAACAGCCACGACCUCACGGUAGCCCCUGGCUCCACACUCUCCCUGUCCUGUGGGUCGUCCCGUGCCUCACUGGUCAGAGGCCCCAUCUCCUGGAUCCACGUGCGUCCCAAGAAGCAUGUGAAAUUGCUGAGCCUGAACCUGACGGAGGAUGCCCAGCUCAGGGAGAUGUGGGUCAUGGGCAGCCUCAGGGGAAAGGCUGUUCUGUUGCUGCCCGAGGCCACAGCUCAAGAUGCUGACACCUAUCACUGUAACCAUGGCAACGUGACCACCCAGAUGCGGCUGAAGGUCACUGCUCGGUCAGCAGUAUGGCAUUGGCUGCUGGAGACUGGUGGCUGGCAAGUCCCUGUUGUGACUUUAGUUUAUCUGAUCUUCUGCCUGGGUUCCCUGGUGGGCUUUCUUCAUCUUCGAAGAGCCCUGAUCCUGAGGAGAAAAAGAAAGCGAAUGACAGAUCCCACUAGAAGGUUCUUCAAAGUGACGCCCCCUCCGGGAAAUGGGGCCCAGAACCAGUACGGGAACGUGCUCUCCCUCUCCACGCCCCACUCUGGCACGGGACGCGCCCUGCGGUGGGCUGCAGGCCUGGGAGCCGCCGUGCCCUCCUACGGAAACCCGCGCAGCGACGUCCAGGAGGCCAGAGCCGCGGGGUCCCGGAGCCCUCCAGGAACCGGCCCAGAAGAAGAGGAAGGGGAGGCCUACGAGGAGCCGGACAGUGAGGAAGGCUCCGAGUUCUAUGAGAACGACUCCAACCUCGGGCGGGAUCAGCUCUCCCAGGGUAAGACGCCAUGGCUCCCUCACCUUCUCCUUGGCGGUGGGCUUGUGGGCCCUCGCUGGAUGCCCCCUCCUUCUCCACCAGAUGGCAGCAACUACGAAAACCCUGAGGAGGGGGUCUUGGGUCCUGAGGAUGAAGACUCCUUCUCCAACGCAGCUGAGUCUUAUGAGAAUGAGGAUGAAGAGUUGGUCCAGCCGGUUGCCAGGACGACAGACUUCCUGAGCCCCCAUGGGUCAGCCUGGGACCCCAGCAGGGAGGCAACCUCCCUCGGGUCCCAGUCCUAUGAAGAUAUGAGAGGGAUCCUGUAUGCAGCCCCCCAGCUCCGCUCCUUUCGAGGCCAGCCUGGUCCCAACCACGAGGAAGAUGCGGACUCUUAUGAGAAUAUGGAUAAUCCUGAUGGGCCAGAACCAGCAUGGGGAGGAGGGGGCCACAUGGGCGCCUGGAGCACUAGGUGAUGUAUUUCAGGUGAAGUUCUGUCGAUGGAAACCACAUGUCAAACCGGCCAAGUAACAAGUCUGAAAGUACACAACGAGCACUUCACAGAGCUGGAAGUGGAUCCAGAAAUCUGGCUGCAGGUCUAGCCACUGUGCCUACCACCUAAUAAACAGUCCUAAGCUACAAAGCAUGAACACAGACUUCAGAGCUAGAAGUCGCCAGGCCCUGAAACCAUCACUGUGUAGCAAGUGCCAUCACACCCAAAUUCCUGUCUCAGGCAAAGGUGGGAUCGGUCACUCAUAGUCCUGGCAUCUCCUCCCUGUCUCUCCAGCGCCAGAGCUCUUCUGAAACCUAGGACUGACAUCUAAAACCCAGUCCCUCUCCUGCCCCAGAAGUUUCGAUGCUCUCUGUAAGACUACCUAGACUUUUUCAGCAUCUACAUUUUUUUUCUAGAAUUCCUUUUCUUGAUGCUCCUAUUCUUUCUUCAUAAUGUCCUGUGUUUGUUCUUGAGACUCUAUUCUUUUUUUUUAAUCUCUGAAACUUUAUAGCUUACUUUAGCUGUAUUAAUGCUAUUAUGAUAUGCCAGGCAUUGCUCUAAUAAAUACUUUACAAGUAACAUCUCA